GAGCCUGUGGGGCUGGUUUCCUCCUUGACUUUCACUCCUUCAGGUGUUGUGAGACUCCAGCUUUGUUCCAGCGCCUUCCCCAGCAGCACCAUGGCCGACUCCAGCUACCCCCUGCCCCCGGACGUCUACACCUGCCUUCUCUGCGAGGACGUGCUACGAGAACCUGUCACCAUCCCCUGUGGAGACACCUAUUGCCUGGAGUGCAUCAAGAUCUACUGGGACCAGUGUGACCACGUCGGGGUGUACAGCUGCCCCCAGUGCCGGGCCACCUUCACCCCGCGGCCCGUGCUCAGGCGCAACGUCCCCAACGUCACCCAGGAGCGGAGGCAUCUUCCGGAGCUCACGCCCUUCCCCCACCUCCAGAGAGAGUCACUGUGCGACUUCUGUGUCGGCCGACGCAGCAAGGCUGUCAAGUCCUGCCUCAUGUGCCUGGCGUACUACUGCGAGACGCACAUCAAGCCCCACUACGAGUCAGCUACUUUCAAGAGGCACAAGCUGGUGGACGAGACAGGCCACCUGGACAGGAAGAUCUGCCCCCAGCACGAGAAGGGUCUGGAGCUGUUCUGCCGCUCGGAUAAGAUGUGCAUCUGUGUGCUGUGCACGGUCAGGGAGCACCGGGGCCACAACAUCAUCUCAGCGGAGGAGGAGCGCGCAGAGAAACAGAAAUCCCUGGUUGGGACUCAGACUGAGGUCCAGCACAUUAUCCAGGAGAGGCUGAAGGAGCUACAGGAGCUGAGGCAUAACGUUGAUGUUCUUAAGGGUGCUGGCCAGAGAGCACUGACGGAGAGCGAUAAGACCUUCAAUGAGAUGCUGCUGGCGGUGGAGCGGUGGCACGCGGAGGUCAACCAGCUGGUCAAGGCCAACAUGCAGUCGGCCAUGUCUCAGGCUGAGGGCUACGUGGAGCGUCUGGAGCAGGAGAUCAUGGAGCUGCAGCGCAGAGACGCCGAGCUUCGGCAGAUCCUGGAGACAGAGGACAACAUCCAUUUCCUGCAGAAUUUUCCUACGCUGUGCGUUCCUCCGGAGCCCAUGGUGCCAAAGGUUCUGAUCAACCCCCAGUUCUCCUUCAGUGAGAUGUCCAAGACGGCCACAGACAUGAAGGAGCAUCUAGAUGACAUAUGUAAGAAGGAACUCAGCAAAAUCUCUAAGAGGGUUAAUGAAACCCCAGUGUACAUUCUUUUACCGCGGAGUGGGGAAAAACAAAUCAAAGCUCCCUCUAGAGUUGACUACACAGAGCCCAAAAAGAGAGAGGACUUCUUGAAAUAUGCUUGUCGUCUGACCUUUGACCCCAACACGGCAUAUAAAGAGCUGGUUCUGUCUGAGGGGAACCUCAGAGUGACGCGUAAAAAGGCCGUCCAGUUCUACCCCGAUCACCCUGAGCGCUUUGAUGGCUUCUCCCAGGUGCUGUGUAGGGAGGCUCUGGGAGGAUUCAGGUACUACUGGGAGGCCGAGUGGGGGGGGGAGUUCUCCAUCGGGGUGGCCUACAAGAGCAUCAGCCGCAAGGGCAAGAACUCAAACAGCCUGCUAGGCUACAACGAUAAGUCCUGGAGUCUGCUCUGCUCUGACUCCGGAUAUUCUGCCUGGCACAACAAAAUGGACAAAGACUUACCGGGUGGCCCGCGGGCCACGAGAAUCGGUGUGUAUCUGGACUACGCUGCCAGAACUGUAGCUUUCUACUCAGUUUCAGACACCAUGGAGCUGAUUCACAAGUUUCAGGGCCAGUUCUCUGAACCUCUGUAUGCAGGCUUUGGUGUGGGCUCCUCAGUGUCUCUCUGCCAGCUCAAAGAGAACAAUAUCCCUUACUGACGUCAGGAAUAAAGCACAGACUGACAAUUGUAAAGUGUGUAAUAGUCUACAGUAAAUUCAAUGGGACAUGAAUCAGAAAUUUACAACAUCUUUAAGAUUUUAUAAUAUAUUACUAAGAAUAAGAUUCAAAUGUUUGUUCAUCCAUCACAAAACAUGAUUUUACUUGGAACCAUAGAAAAACAAUGUAAAUGUGAAUAACUAUCAAAUAAAGGAAUAGCCAUAUAAAA